UUUAUAUUUACAAAAUUUCACAUAUUAUUAAUAUUAUCCUUCAACGCAUUCGUUGUCAGUUCGUUACUUCAUAACUUUUAGCUUAGAGCACACAUUUUUGAUAAAAAUCAAAUUAUUUUAAAAUUUUGAUCAAAGCGAUUAUUAAAACAAUUUUGUUAGUUCCAAAAUGGCUGACGGCUACGAUAGUGCCAUGACUAUUUUCUCCCCAGAUGGCCAUCUGUGGCAGGUUCAAUAUGCUCAGGAGGCUGUACGCCGUGGCUCUUUAGUAAUUGCCAUACGUACCCAGGACUGUAUUGUCUUGGGUGUGGAGAAGAGGUACAUGGGCCAAUUGCAGGAGGAGAUUACGGUGCACAAGAUUUGUCCGGUGGGCGACAACAUAGCAAUAGCAUUUGCUGGCCUCACAGCCGACGCACGCGUGCUCAUCAAUCGUGCCCGGGUGGAGUGUCAGAGCCAUAAGCUGAAUAUCGACCAGCACCCAACUGUGAGUUAUAUAUCGCGCUUCAUAGCGGAGUUGAAAAAAAGCUAUACCCAGGGCAGUGGACGUCGUCCGUUUGGCGUUUGUUGUCUGGUCAGUGGGUUCGAUGAGAAUGGGACGGCGCGUUUAUUUCAAACCGAACCAUCGGGCAACUUCUACGAGUUCUCAGCGUGCGCCAUAGGCCGUAAUUCGGAAGCAGUGUUCGAACAAUUGGAGAAGGCCGGCUCGGCGCCGACGGCUGAUGAGCAAUCGGCCAUCACAUGGACCAUACGCUUACUGAUCUCUGUGGGACUGCUAAACAGGGACAGCAUCGACUUGGCUGUGCUCAAGUUUAAUCAGCCGCUACGCCUGCUGGACACCAAGACGUUGGUCGACCAUGUGGCCAGAGUACAGCGCGAAAUAGAAGAGGAAGGCCGGACCCAUCAGCGAUUAAAUAUUUAAUUUCAGCUCAACUGAAUAAACAAAUCCCAGACUUUGCUUUCUUUCAAUUAGAGCCUUCAACAGAUGUUCCACCAUAGCAAUGUUAUUUAAUGCCAAGUCACUAAUUAGCACAACAAUAAAAUGUUGGUGAACCAUCCAAGAAAUAGUUGCUAAUAAAA